AUGCCCCAGCAGAUUAUCUUCGACUCGGAGGAGGAGUCGGACUUCUCCGAGACCGACUUCUCCGUCCAGGGUCGACGCGGCACCCGCGCCCACCUGCGCCAGCGAUCCGUCUCCCGCCACCGCCAGCCCCGUGAGGUUUUCCUGGCACCGGUGCAGCAGAGCACCCGCCAGCUUCGGUCCCUCUCGACCGGCGGCCGACGCCCCCGCGAGCGGGAGGGCCCCGCCGUCAUGAUCGUCAACGAGCAGGCCCAGCGUACCAGCAACGCCAGCAGCAACACCAACAAGCCGCGGCGGGUGCAGCAGAAGGUUUACGAUGUGUCCGAUGAGGAAGAGGAGGUCCGCCACUCUUCGCGUCGCCGCGCUGUCAGUGGCGUCUCCCGCGAGGCCUCCCCCAUCCAUCGCGACUAUGAGCUCGCCCUGAACCAGAAAUUGCUCGAGCGUAGCGACGUCCGCCAGGACAUGGAGAUGAUGCGACAUGAGCAGGAGAUGCUGCGCCAGCAGCAGGAGAUCAAAAGCCUGAGACGUCAGCUGGAGAGGCACCGCGAGAAGCCUGAGCCGCGCGAUCCUCGGGAAAUACGCAUACUGCGCGAGGAGGACGAGUGGAUGGAGGACGAACUUAAGGCGCGGCUGCGCCGGCUUGAUGAUUAUGAUCACAAGGCCCGUGAGGCGGAGGAGCGGGCCAAGGCGGAGCGCCGCUUGAAGCUACAGCGCUUUGAGGAGGCGGAAAAAGAGGCGGCGGAAAAGGAGGAGAUGAAGGCAAGGCUGCGGGAUGAGAAGCUCCGGCUGAUUGCUAAAGAACAGGAAGAGAAUGAAGAGCGACAGAAGCUCAUAAAGGAAAUCAAGGAUGAAGAGGCGCGCAAGGCGCGAGAGGCGGAGGAGAAGAGAAAAAAAGAGGCCUUGUUGAAAGCGGCUGCGGUUGAGGAGUGGAAGAUUGAGCAGGAGCGUAUCAAGCAGAAGCAGAAGGAUGAAGCGGAGAAGAGGGACAAGGAGUUCAAGGACCGCCUUCGCACGGAGUUUGGGUUGACCGAGGAGGAGAUUGAGGAGAAGCUCAACAAGAAGAAGAAAGAGGAGAAGAAAAUAAUUAAAGAGAAGGAGAUUAUCAAAGAGAAGGAAGAAUACUAUGAGACCGAGAAGACCGCUUGGAUUAAGGUACGGAGCUCAUCUUUCUAUACUUUUAUUUUCAUUCCACCAAAGGUGGCCACUGACCAUCCAAACUACAACCAGGUCCACCGCAAACACCUUCUUCCCGCAACUUUGGUUUAUUAUGGUCUACCUUGGGACUGGGACGCGCAUGACCACAACUAUCUCGUCAUCAAGCGUUGGAUCAGUGAAGACCUGCAGGAGGAGCUCUUCGAUCACACUCGCCGUCUGCGCGAGUCAAAGGAUAGCCAGAAGCUGAUCGCGCAGACCUCCAGCUCGACCACCGAACUCCGUGUCAAUGACCACGACAAGGAUAAGAUUUACCUGGUGCGAAAGAAGAGCCCAAGCCGACGGCUGCGCAUCUGGGCAUAA